AUGUCGGGAUCGAAACGUGUGCGACGAGGUUCCCGCAUCGCUGUCGGCCAUGGGCUCACUGUUACUCACGUCGGCGCGGUGGCCGAGGGGGCAGAGCUAAUGGGGUACCUGAACCAGCAGAGGGCAGUGGACUUGCUUCUUGCUCCCAGGAAGCAAGAAGAAGCUGAGUUCGAAGAAGAAACCAGUUCAUGUGGGAUCGAUGGCGGAGUGCCGCAGGGCGACCUGGCCUUGGCACUUGCUGCGGCCGCCCAGCAGGUUCUCACGCUCACCAAUAAGCAAGUGAAGAUCGAAGGGGAGGCUCGCAAGUCCCUCGGCACAGCGUUGCGGGCGAAACAGGUUCGGCAUCAGGUCUCCAAGCAGCCCGAGCUGUUGCGAGAUCUUCAACAGACCAGCGAUGGUGCAGGAGAGCAGAACACCUCCAACGAGUUAGAUUGUCAGAAAUUGGGUCAUUCCGCAUUUGGGCGGAAGGAGGGCAUUGAUGACUGUGAUUGCAAAGAUACCCCGAACGUGUCCGCUGAAGAGAAGUGCGCCGAGCCGAAGCAGGAGGCCCAUGCGGUGUCCCAGGCCUUUGACGAGAAAUCGCCCGACGAUCAACACGGGCUCGACAUAAUGCCUGAUUUGGUGCACCGAGCGCUUGAGGAUAACUACGGCUCAAGCGAAUGCAACGCCAUGUUGGACACAGGUUGCAGCACUGUGGCGAAGGGUCCACAACUCCUCGACGUGGCGCCGCUGACUAGGGACAUUGGGCGGGACACCACGACUACAACUGGCACGCCGGGCUCGAUCGAAGCGACAUCCCACAUCGACGCCAAUGGCAUCACGAUUGUGUCAAGUACCAGUUCUAUGCGGAAGGCGCAGCUGGCCCAG